AUGGAAGCCUACAAGUUCGGCUUCGGCCUCGGCAUGCCGCCGGCGUUCAAGUUCGACCCCACCGACGGCGACAUCGUCGCCUACUACCUCCUCCCGCGCGCGCUCGGCCUCCCCAACCCGCACGCGCACGCCAUCAUCGAAGAAGACCCCGGGAGCGCUCCGCCGUGGGAGCUCCUCCGGAGGCACGGCGGCGACGGCGGGAUCGAGCACGCCUUCUUCUUCGGCCCCCCCACGGACGGCGGCCGCAGGAGGCGCACCGUCAAGGGCGGCGGCGUGUGGCAGGGGCAGAAGUUGAACGAGGGCACCGUCACCAUGCUCGGCCCCGGCGGCGCCGAGUUGGACAUCGCUUACAAGCGGUACGACCUCACCUUCAAGCUCAAGGCCGGCCGCGGUAGCGUCAGCACGGGGUAUGUCAUGCACGAGUACGAGAUCACAUCGCCGCCGCUCCCCGGCAAGGUGCUCACCCGCGUCAACAUCAGCAGUAACGCCAAGAAGGAAAAGGCACCGGGCGCGGCCACCGCCAGCGCCGACCAGCAGGUUAUGGUCCCGGACCCUGAGCUGCCGGGCACGAGCUACUACGACCACGAUGCCGCCGCGAUGGCGAGCAACGGCGAGGGACUCGGUGACUCGCAAGCUGGUGCUCUGUAUGGCGGCAACGGCGGGGACACGGCAGAUGCCGACUUCCGCUAUACGCCUCUCAACUGUGUCCUCCCGGACGGCGAGUACAUCGACUACGGCCUCUCGUACACCAACCAGCUUGCCGCGGCGACGACGAGUCACAGCCAGGGAUUCACCGGCGCUCAAGCUGAUGCUUUCUACGGCUGCGGCGGCGCCUACUACGACCCCUCACUGUUCGUCCCGGUUGCUAGCCAAGAAGUUUCCCCAUGGCCUAAUCAGCUCGGUCAGAUCCACAGCCACAACCAAUACUACGCUGGAGAUGCCGCCGUGAUGUGCUCCGGCGGCGAGCAACAAGCCGGUGGCGCUCCGUGUGGCUACAACGAUGACGGGGGUGCCAUGCAAACCGAGAGCGCCCACUCGACUGUUUUGCCCUGCAAUGGCGGGGAGGAGAACCGGGACGAGAUCUACGACUACGAAGCCUCUCGGCGACAACGGCGGCGACUUCAAUGA